GAGCGCACGGGCGUGGGGUGUGCUUGCUGGCCGGUGGGGCCACGCUGCGGGAGCGGCCGCGGCCGUCGCCGCCUUGCACCACUGCACCAUGUCCGGGCAGCUGGAGCAUUGCGAGCGCGAGUGGCACGAGCUGGAGGGAGAAUUUCAGGAAUUGCAGGAGACUCACCGGGUCUACCGGCAGAAGCUGGAGGAGCUGACGGCUCUGCAGGCCUCCUGCAGUGGCUCCAUUAGCAAGCAGAAGAAGCGCCUCAAGGACCUGAAGCACACCCUGCAGAGGUACAAGCACCAUGCCAGUCAGGAGGAGGCGCAGCUGGUCCAGCAGAUGAGUGCCAACAUCAAGGAGAGACAGAAUGUCUUCUUCGACAUGGAGGCCUACCUGCCCAAGAAGAACGGGCUGUACUUGAACUUGGUCCUUGGAAAUGUGAACGUGACCCUUCUCAGCAACCAGGCCAAGUUUGCCUACAAGGACGAGUAUGAGAAGUUCAAGCUCUAUCUGACCAUCAUCCUGCUCCUGGGCGCCGUGGCCUGUCGAUUUGUCCUGCACUACCGGGUGACGGACGAAGUGUUCAACUUCCUGCUGGUCUGGUACUAUUGCACCCUCACCAUCCGGGAGAGCAUUCUCAUCAGCAACGGCUCCAGAAUCAAAGGCUGGUGGGUGUCUCAUCAUUAUGUUUCCACAUUCCUGUCUGGGGUGAUGCUGACCUGGCCUAACGGACUAAUCUACCAGAAGUUUCGGAACCAGUUUUUAGCAUUUUCCAUUUUUCAAAGCUGUGUCCAGUUCCUACAGUAUUACUACCAGCGAGGCUGCCUGUACCGGCUGCGUGCCCUGGGCGAGCGGAAUCACCUGGAUCUCACUGUGGAAGGGUUCCAGUCCUGGAUGUGGCGGGGCCUCACCUUCCUGCUGCCAUUCCUGUUCUGUGGCCACUUCUGGCAGCUCUACAACGCUGUGACACUGUUCGAGCUCUCCAGCCAUGAGGAAUGCAGAGAAUGGCAGGUAUUCGUACUGGCUCUCACCUUCCUCGUCCUCUUCCUGGGCAACUUCCUGACCACACUCAAAGUCGUGCAUGCCAAACUCCAGAAGAACAGAAACAAGAUGAAGCAGCCGUGACCUUUACUGACUCUCUUGUUCCCUCGGCCAGAAGGCCACGCUGCCUGGCUGGGGACGGCGCAGUGUUACCCCCCAGCCUCCUAUUUAUGACAUAUUUAAUACUGGGCCUUUUGGCUUCCCUGG